CCUCUUUACCCGUGAGAAUCCACCCGACCAGCGGCCGCGCCGCGCGCAGCAGGAGCCCCUCGACGGCGGCCGCCGGUGCUAGGAUACCCACUUCUCUUGCCGUGUUUCUGCCGAGGCAGCGGAAUCUCCCCCGAUGGAGGCGGCCGCCGUCGCUUCCUCCGGCUCCGGGUUGCGCUGCUCGCUUAAUCCCGCCCCGAGCCAGCAUAGGAGAGGCGCGCGCGUCGGCUUAGCGGCCAAGAGGCAGCAGUGCUGCGCCGUCGCUUGCGGGCGGUUUCUGCUUCGCCCCAACGCUCGCGUAUACACGGCGGCAUCGGCAUCCGCGUCGGCGGUGAUGGCUAGCGGAGCUGGGGACUCCGGGGUGAGGAGGAAGAGGCUCGCGGUGUUCGUGUCCGGCGGGGGCUCCAACUUCCGGUCGAUCCACGGGGCCGCCCUGGGUGGGAAGGUGAACGGGGAUGUGGUUGCGCUCGUCACCGAUAAGCCAGGCUGCGGUGGCGCCGAGUAUGCAAGGUGCAAUGGCAUUCCCGUGGUCGUGUUUCCCAAGUCGAAAUCCGCACCAGAGGGGGUCUCCACAGAUGAACUUCUGAAUGCUCUGAGGGAUCUGAAGGUAGACUUCAUUCUACUUGCUGGUUACUUGAAGCUCAUACCUGGUGAGCUAGUUCAGGCAUUUCCCAGAUCCAUGCUGAAUAUACACCCUUCACUGCUCCCUGCAUUUGGAGGCAAGGGUUAUUAUGGUUUAAAAGUGCAUAAAGCAGUCAUUGCAUCUGGAGCCAGAUACUCAGGACCAACUGUGCACUUUGUGGAUGAGCAGUUCGACACAGGGAAAACCUUAGCCCAAAGAGUUGUUCCUGUGUUAGCCAAUGAUACUCCAGAGCAAUUGGCUGCAAGGGUUCUUCAUGAGGAGAACCAAGUUUACGUUGAGGCAGUUGCUGCCUUGUGCGAGGAUCGAAUUGUGUGGCGAGACGAUGGUGUCCCACUUGUCAGAAGUCAAGCAAACCCCAAUGCGUAUACCUAAUUCGUGAUCUCUGUCCUGAGAUCUCCUGAAAAUUAAUGAAGUUCCUAGUGUCCCCACCAAGUGCCAGUUUUCACCAUGGCAUGGAGUUAACACUUACACACACCGUUUGUCUGAUUGAGUGAAAUAACAUGUCUGAUAAUCUUCGUCCCAAAAUAAUGUGUACCUUGCACUGUGUUUAACUCAUUGUAUGGCUUAGCUUUGAUGAUAAUCUGUGCCUGAAA